AUGAUAACCUCAAAACGUACGGUGUCAGACGCAGGCAUACAUUAUGGUGAGCCUAUGGCCAAACGAAACACAUCUCUGGACUACGAUGCACGUACUCCCUGGCUACAAGGCUCCAAACCAUCCCCGACAUGGCGGACUCUAGGGAACCGGGCAGUUCGGCCGUCUCUACCACUUGAGAAUAUGGUCGCUGCUGUGCAAGAUUUGAUCGACCCUGAUUUCGACCCUCUGACUGCUAUUCUAGAUGAGGAGCCACGCUUCUUAAAACCGCUGCCUUCUCAUAUAUCUCCGGAAGAUCUGGAGUUUCUACGAUUCCGUGGAGCUCUCUCAGUUCCAGAGAGUGGGUUGCGCGACGAGCUAUUGCGAUGCUAUAUCAAAUGGGUGCAUAGCUUUAUGCCAGUGCUAAACCUGCAAGAUUUCCUGAGGUGCAUUGCGGAGAACGAUCCAAACGGUGAUAUCAGCCUCCUACUGUUCCAGGCAGUGAUGUUUGUGGCAACAGCCUUCGUGGAUCUUAAACAUCUGCAAGAUGCUGGAUAUGCAACUAGGAAAAUUGCGCGGAGCGCCUUCUAUACGCGACUAAGACUACUCUACUCCCUUGAUUGCGAAGAAGAUCGAAUAGUCAUUUUGCAGACUUUACUGUUGAUGACAUACUGGACGGAUCACGUAAACCACCCACACAGAGAUAUCUGGGACUGGAUUGGUAUUUGCAACACCCAAGCUCAUUCGAUCGGACUGAAUCGGGAUCCUACAACAUCCCCCACCAUGGACCUCAAAACUAAACGAUUAAGAAUACGUCUGUGGUGGAGCUUAUACUCCCGGGACCGGCUCAUCUCUCUAGGCAUGAGACGUCCUACACAAGUCAACGAAGGGGCUAGUAACGUUCCAAUGUUGAGACUGGAAGAUUUUGAGGAUGAACCAUUUCACCCAUCUGUCAUAAAGAUGUUCCAUUGCCGCCAGCUAGAAGAUACAUCCCACCAGAAGCGUCUAGCAACUAUGUUCAUAGAAAAAGCCAAACUUUGUCAAUGUAUCGGGCGCGUGCUCUUUGCCCAGUACUCGCCCUCACAACGUCUAUUCGGUAUAACUAACCGGACUACUAUCACUUUAGCUCCCAGGCAGGCCUCAGAAUCGGAGUUAGCACGGUGCAGCCAGCGACUCGACUCGUGGGUUAACUCUCUCCCAAGGGAUGCACAGUUCAUCCCUGCUUCCAAAACCAACUUUAACGAUGGUGAAGAGGUCUUACUUCUCCAUGGUGCUAUGGUGAGAAUGUUGUAUCAUGCUACUAUAAGUGCUUUAUAUCGACCAUGGGCCUAUGGAUCCGACAAAGGCCAAAAUAAGCCCCGUAUGGAGUUGGCCAAUGCUGCACGGUCCAAAAUGCACGAUGCCGCUAUUGGAAUUACACAUAUCAUACAAGGUCUAAACCAGUUGAACCUCACUCGAUUCUUACCACAGUCUGGAGUGACAGUCAUCAUACCUGCUACCGUACUACACCUAGCAAACUCCAUGUCUGACAAUCCUACGGUGCGAGAGGCCAGCAUACGCAACUUCCACCGGUGUGUCCAGGUUUUGCAGGGAUUGAAAGAGCUCUACCCAGCAGCAGAUAUGGAAGUUGCCAACAUCGAAGCCGCUGUUAGAGUCCAGUCCGAUAGCGCGAAUACACUGUUGAAAAUCAUGCAAUCCAACAGUAUCAAUCUAAACCAGUCACAAUACACGGAGCCAGACCAGAGGGAGAGCGAUGCCGCCACUAUACAGACAUUGUCUCCAUCGGAGGACCGAGCACCAGAUAACUGGAUCUCACCCAUAAAAACAGAUACGGUGAAUAAGCCACCGGAAUCUCGCCCAGAGCUUCCCAGGCCAAGCUCCUCAGACCAAUGGUCCAAGCGAAACUAUACAGUAACCACGGCAGCCAACAAUAGUUCCCCAUCUACAGCUAAGCAAGACCACCUCACCCCCUCUCAUGACUUCGACGAUCACUUCAACUCCGCCCUUCACACACACACACCUCUCCCCGACAUCACCUUCAACCCUUCAACUCUUUUUGAUAUAGACUCAUAUACCCCAGAGUUCCCACUUCCCGACACAUCGAAUCUCCCGGAUAUUGAUAUCGACUGGGCAGAAGAUUUCUUGCGAGGAGCAGAUUUCAGUAUUGGAUUCUCGAGCUCCGCGCUGGAGGAGCACAGCAGAAAUUUCUUCUCAUGUUCGGAUAAACAAGAGCAAAGCUCACAUGCGCCUAGGAAGGAGGAUAUCACGGGUGAUUUGGAUAAAGACCUGGGGUUUAAUUCUGGUGAAGAAAUGUUCUAG